CGUUUGAUUUUGAAACAAUAUUUGAAUUUAUAUAUUUUUUUUAUCAUAACAAUGUUGCUUUUUUACGCGUGCGCACCUGUCUUGCUGUGUUGGCAAUCUCUUGUCAAUGGAGCGGAAGGGGAUCCAAACCUCAAAUUGUCAGAAUCGGAGGGAUCCUCGCCAGACUAUGAUGACUAUUUGUCUCUUUUAAAUAAGGAAUACGAAUAUCUUGAUCAGCAGAAAGAAAAGCUAAAUGACUAUUUACCUCCUGUAUUCGAUUGGAUUAGUGAAGCUAAAACCGAUUUAACAGAGGCUCUUGGUGGCAUUACUACAGAAAUUGACGAAAUCCUGAACAUUGGUGUCGAGAAUGUGGGCAAAAGUCUCGAAGGACUAAUAGACCAGGAUGAAAGUCUCGAUACGGGAGAAAAUGGACAGGAAAAAUGUCUCGAAACGGGCACAGAUGGUUCUUCUCAUGAUUUGCGUCCAGAAAUGUUAAAUGAUAAAGGAGAUUAUGAUGAUGAAUAUGAAAGAACCUCUCGCGCCUUGGAAUAUGAAUACUACGUUCCAUAUUAUUAUCCCGUGUACCCGUAUUACCCACGGACCUAUACACCGAUAACUUAUUACCCUGAAGUCGUCCCUCUGGCGGUUCCAGCUCAGGGAGUCUCUGGGGAAUGUUUGGUGCCAGUUCAGCAAGUCAUUCCUGUCAAAGGAGAAGUCACUAUCGCUAGAACCUUCACUGGUGGCUGUUUUAAUCUCCAAGACGUAUGUCCUGUGGACAUCAUUGAUGACCUGGUCUCAGUUACUGCAUGUGGUGAUGGAAAUGAUGAUAAUGGAUGUGAUGGAAAUGUACCAAUUAGUGCGGUGACUCCUGUAUCAGGUCAAUUCACCGUUACUGCCACGUAUGGUGAUGGAGUAAUCAACUUCCCUGCGCUAUCUUCAGAAGUUUCAGAACCACCAUGUUGUGAUGGAUCAGGUCCAGAGGACAGUGUGGUAGCACCAGUGACGGGACAAGUCACCAUCUCUGCUGCUUUUGACGAAUGUGGGGCAAUGUGCCUUCAAUCACCUGAAGUUCCUGUGAGCUCAAUUGUGACGAAAGACCAGAAUAUAGCAGUGGUACCGUCAAUUGAAGUACGCGGCAAAGUGCCUGCCCACGGACAAGUGACUAUAACUACUCAGUUUUAGAAAUUAUCACGUCCUACCAACUGACUGUUUCUUCUUUUUUUCUUAUAAAACCAAUGUUACAAACACUGGAAUAUCUCUCUCUCUCUCUCUCUCUAUUUAAGAGCUGCGCUCUUGACGGUGGAGUAACCGCCAUUCCUCUCUUCUUCCCGCCAAAACCUUCACCUCCCGAUACGACACGACCUGCACCUUCUCUUUUAUUUGUUUCAUAAAUGUUAUCCUAGGUCUACCCCUUCCUCUCUUCCCUUAAAUUUUUCCUUCUAUAAUGUUUGUUAUAAAUGAAUCGUGUCGUAUCAGGUGGCCAAUCAUAUUUCCUCUCCGGUUCUCUAUAGUCUUCAAUAUGGUUCUCUUUUCUUCAACUCUUUCCAGCACUUUUACAUUUGACACCACUGGAAUAUAGACAUCGGUAAACCCGCAAAAGUUUGUCUCGUUGCCUGCUCCGCGCACCACGUCACAAUGGUUGUCUUUAUUUAAUAGAAAUUACAAGCUAUACCUAUAUGUAGGUACUUUGUCUACCACAAUAACCAACACUAAAUAGUAUGUCUUGUCUUGUCUUAGGGCUGGAUUUUCCCCUUUAUUCUCAUAAGGACUGAUUCGCAAUUGAUCUGAAAAAGCUAUUGCUUUUUUUUUUUUUUUGCUAUUGGACUUACUUUUAUAGUAUGCGUAUCGAAUAGUAAUAUUGCUUUUUAGAUGAAUUGCUUCAAUAUGCAGGGUGUGUUAAAAAUGCCACAUCGAUGCAAUUCGUCUAAAAAGCAACUUGACAUUUGCGCAUUUAAAAAGUAAGUGCGCAAUGUCAAUACAUCUCAAAUAGCAAUAUUGACUUUUUGGACAAGUUGCUUCAAUGUGGUCUUUUGAACCCCCUGGACUGACGUUCUAAGUACAGUAUAUCAACAACGCCAUUAAAACACAUAAUAACGGGUUCUUACCGCGUUUAAAUGGGGAUAUGAGACUCCCAAAACAAUGUAUAAACAACGCCAUUGUCUUGAAGAAUCACACCCCUGCAUGAAAAUUUAAAAGGAAAUAAGAAUCUA